GGUCUCUUGGCCAUCGAUUUACAUGUACGCAUCAAGUAUCGCGAGUACCUAAAGGAUUUGUCUUGCGCGGUACACACGGAAGUAUUUUCUACGUUGGACGAGGGGCUGUGGGGAUAGAACGGCCUCAACCGUCUCACCGAUCGGGUCCCCGAUCUCCGUCUUCAUAGCCAAGGAGCUGGAAAUCGUUUAUAGUACCAUGCCACAUCCUCGAAAACUGCAGAGCGGUCUCUCUCCUUGCCUUCAGUCCUCAUAGUUCGAAGAUGGCGUCCUCUUCCGCCCCCGAGGACCUUCCGUCUCACGACCUUCCGACUCACGUUUCGUCUGGCAAGAGCGACGCUUCGUCUGACCACCAUGCUCUCUGGCUGGGUCCCACAACUGUCUUGUCCAAGGCGCAUCUCAUGGGUGAUGUUGACCCCAAAAGGUCUACAUUUCCCCUGGCAGCGUAUUGUUUCAUGACGGGCUUCAUUGACGCCGUCUCGUUUACUGCAAUCUUUGUGUGGUGUGGGUUCCAAACUGGUAAUUCAGUUCAGUUGGCACUGGCCCUCGCCCGUCUCUUCGAGGGCCCUCCCGGUCAAAGGGACACUUCCUUCCAUCUUGCAGAUCAACAAGCUUUGACUUCCGUCUUGACAUUCAUCGCCGGUGCUGCGAUAGGUCGUAUAGGGGAUAAGAUGGGCGCGCAGUCUAGGGCUUGGCUCUCUUUGGGGACGUUUAUACAAGCCCUGUUCACGAUGGCGGCUGCGAUAUGCGCAUGGCAGAGCGGUCAGCCCAGCAUCGCUGACGAUCGAGGUGCCCCUGCAUGGACGAACGCUCUCACUUUCGUUGCGAUCGGCUUUAUGAGUGCGAGCUUGGGACUGCAGGGUAUCAUGGGCAAACGGGUGAACACGCAGUUUGCGACCACUAUCGUUCUCACCACUGUAUGGUGCGAACUCAUGACGGACCCCAACUUAUUUAACUUCCGUAGUAUCGUCAUCUCUCGCGACCACAAGAUCAUCGCUAUUGUCACAUUGUUCUUGGGCGGAUUUGUCGGACGUGCCCUCAUUGAUUCCUUAGGGUCUGCUGGUACCCUUGGAGUUGGGACGGGGCUCAGACUUUUGGUCGCAUUGUGGUGGCUGUUUGUACCUGGCAAACCUGCCAACAGAUAAAAUAUGGUAGUAAGUAAGCAAUGGGUUCCACUAGAUGUUUAGAUAUACCUGUGCAGUUUCAGCAUAAUGAUAGAGUGUCUUUACUGGUAUGCUGCUUCCUA